UUUUUCCCUUGCACGACUACUUGUCGAACUGUGAUUGUUGUUAUUUACCUGGCCAGUUCGACCGCAUGCAUGGCCUCUCUGUCCCUCGAGCUUAAGUGCUGUAUUCUUGCUGUCCUCUCAGUCUGUGUCACCUGUCCGUAUGAAGUGAACAGUGUCUCAGAGCUUCUUCUCCAAGCCUUGCCUUCUCCAUUCUAGAUGCACAUUUCCGCUAUUCCACGACGCAGACCUGUACCUCCAUUUGCCAACCACACGCCUAGAGCUUUUGAGUUUCAGAAGACCGGCAAGCUACAUCAGACUUCAGCGAUGUUCGGUCCAACCGGUAUGGCGGUCCCUGUCAUGCUGCCAGCCGGGCCAGCCCCCUCAGCCAAACCGGCCAAACCUGAUGUAUCUGCAAGUGAGAGGAGCAGCACGGGUGGUAGCGUCAGCUAUGCCAGCUCUCGAGCAGAUGUAAAAUCACAGGACGAGUCUCGCCCGACAUCUUCUGAACUUGUUGCUGGCGAAGACAGCAGAAAUCCAUUCGUUGACAGGAUGAUGACUCAAACUAACCUUCUUGUUCUUCCUCCAUCGAAUCCAUCUUACCAGAUGGCAUACUUUCUCAAGACAACCGGGCCGGUCAAGGAGCCACCAGUCAAGGGUGCCAGAUCCAAGAGAAUCUCAUCUGCAAUGCGUAUCUUCAAGGGAAGCAGCAGGCGUCCUUCAGAGUCCUUGACAGCCGCUCACAUGAGGCUCAACGAAGUCAUCUCUGAGGAGAAAGAGGAGCUUGAGCUCGAAACACAGGCUACGGAAAAGGCGUCUCAUACAUCCCGAAAGCCUUUGAUAUCGCCGGAACCGAGAUUACCAGAAGUCGUAGUACCAAAAAUCUCCAAAACUGGCAAAAGGUAUUUCGAGAUCGAGCCGGUGAGGGCGCAGAAAGAAAAGCAAGGAUCGGCAUCGAAGAACCCCCAAAUAGCCGAGUCCAGGGUCUCCGUCCUUGUUACAGACCAGCUGAGUACAGACAGCCUUCACGAUUGGGUUUUGGGCUUUGAGGGCGCCAAAACCGACACCAAACCUCAAGAGCACGAAGGACCGGAAGCACUCAGAGGCUGGCCGAUCAAGCGAAUAUCCCAGACACUGCCUCAUGAGGAAACAAUUCGAGUCCUCGAUCGCAAGAUCGUCGCUCCAGUACGGCCUCUAUUCCUCGGCACGAAGGCUCGUACAGAACAGUUGGGAGCGGACAGACAUGUUCGCGUGAUACGUGGUAGAACGGCACCGCUUCGAAGUCAUCCUGUCACCCCUGGACCUGUACCAAGCAUCGCACCUCCAGCCUUGCCUGAGAAUAAGGCUAGCCCGGUAGUUGCUGAUCCAGUCAAAGCAGCGUCUCUUGUUCAACCGAGCCCUCGGAGAUUGCACGACCACCCCUUAGUGCUCCAGAGGACUUCGAGUGAUGUUACUGGACUUCGGUUUUCGCAUCUAUCGCAGGACGGAAUAAGAUCGGUGUCGGAUAGCCCUGGACCCCCUCCUCCACGUAGUCCUCUACGUUUGUCAAUACCAUCAGAGUCUUUGGGUGAGAUGCUGGGCAAAUCAACGGGAGGGACCAGUCCUGAAAGAUGGGCGAGAGACAGAACACCAAUCAACGAGGAACAAGCAAUCCGAGUUACGAAAGAGGCCGCUGUGACAUAUGUCGAUCGAGAGGAGAGAGACGACGACCUACCUUCUUUUCUCCGGCCUGGCAGCAGUGGGACAAGCAGCGACGUGUUCUGUACGAAUGCAACUCUGUCCAAGACAGGCUCUUCUAAACCUCUUGAGCUCAUCGAUGCUAUGGUCAAAGCAUCGCAGCAGAACACAUCACGUCGCCGACUUCGCAGAGCCAGACCUGAAGGACCUCGUCCGCUUGACCUCGGCGGCUCGCACUUACAAGGCUCCAUUGAACGCGAUCAGAGGCUAGAUGGAUAUUGUACCAGUCCACUCUCCAUGAAGCGUACCAAUAGCAUAGGCGACUUGUCGGAGAAUUAUCGAAUCAUCGCCACAACUGCCUCUCCAUCGCCUAGGAUCAGCCAUGUGCGUAAAGCUCCGAGUGCAAGAGGCAGGAACAGUCCAAUCCCACGAGUGAAGACAACCAAGCGUGGCCGAGGCCCUAAAAGCAUGACCUCGACUCCUUCGAGGGCAAGUAGCCCAUCCAAGAAGACUCGACAAUCGACUACUCCAGAACUCCCAUCGCCACCCCCCCAAAAAGAGCUGCCGCCUACACCGCGUGCGAAAAGCGAUCGCCUCUCUAGAAUGGAGGCUACGUUGGAGAUAGGACUGGCAAGAACCAGCUCGACCAGGAACCUACCUGCACCGCCUGCUGGAGAGAACGGGCGCAGUAUGAUGUUCCCAUCUCCACCCUCAAGUGCAAAGACAGCCAGAUUCAAGCUGCAAGCGGGCGAAAAUAGCCCAUUGACCAUCGAGGCGCGAAUGGAAGCACUGGAGCGCCAGAACAAGUUGUUGGAGGCUGCUCUAUCAGCGGUGCUCAAAACCGGAGGUACACUGAAUGGCUGUCCUUGUCAGGCAUCACACGCCGAGGGACAUGAUUGUCAGGAAGCAGUGGCAAGUGAGCCGUUAGUUGCAAGAGGAAGUGUUCGUAGCAGAGUGAGUUCUGUCAGCAACGGAUCGAGCGCGCUAGAUGUAUAUCUCAACACGAGAGGGAAGUAAGCAGAGCUGGAUGGACAAUGAGGAGAUGAAUAUAGUGGAUAAUCGAUAUAUAUGUAUACACUU